ACGACCGGCAGCGCGCAAGUGCUCAGAGGGAAAGGACCGAACCCCAGAAGACCUUCACUCCUGAUCAUGUACGGCGGCGGCGGCGACCGAUACGGCGACUCUUCCUCGCGCCGCGGCGGCGGCUUCGGUGGCGGCGGCGACCUGGGCUCCAACCUGGACACGCACAUCCAGUGGGACCUGUCGAAGCUGCCGGUCUUCGAGAAGAACUUCUACUACGAGCACCCGGACGUGAGCAAGCGCACGGAGGAGGACUACGAGAAGUGGAAACGCGACAACCAGAUCAUCGUGUCGGGAAAGGGCGUGCCCAAGUGCGUGCUGUCCUUCGAGGAGGCGUCCUUCCCCGAGUACGUGCUGGAGGAGGUGGUGCGUCUGGGCUUUGACAAGCCCACGCCCAUCCAGUGCCAGGGCUGGCCCAUGGCGCUCUCGGGUCGCGACAUGGUGGGCAUUUCGGCGACGGGCUCCGGCAAGACGCUGGCUUUCUUGCUGCCCGCGAUCGUGCACAUUAACGCACAGGUUCGUAACUUGCAGCAGACUCUUUUCCGAGGAUUUUUCUCGCGUGAGGGUGUAAAACGGUCUUCAGAGCGUGAGCAGCACGCGAACACCUCAAAUCCCUCGGCGCUCGCUUGUGUUUGCUUUCUCCCUUACCUGCAGCCCGGCGACGGACCGAUUGUGCUGAUCAUUGCCCCGACGCGUGAGCUGGCCGUGCAGAUCCAGGCGGAGUGCAACAAGUUCGGCGCUAGCUCCAAGAUCAAGAACACGUGCGUGUACGGCGGUGUUCCCAAGGGCGGCCAGAUUGCUGACCUCCGCCGUGGUGUCGAGAUCUGCAUUUGCACGCCCGGUCGUAUGAUCGACAUGCUGAGCAUGGGCAAGACGAACCUUCGCCGUGUGACCUACCUGGUGCUUGACGAGGCCGAUCGCAUGCUUGAUAUGGGUUUCGAGCCGCAGCUUCGCAAGAUCGUGAGCCAGAUCCGUCCCGACCGUCAGACGCUCAUGUGGUCGGCCACGUGGCCGAAGGAGAUUGUGUCGCUUGCCAACGACUUCCUGACGGACUUCAUUCAGGUGACGGUUGGCUCGCUGGAUCUGACUGCCAACAAGCGCAUCAAGCAGAUUGUCGAGGUUAUGGAUGACCACCAGAAGUACAACUCGCUGCAGGACCACCUGCGCGACAUCUACGAGGGCGGUCGCAUCAUUAUUUUCUGCGAGACGAAGCGUGGCGCCGAUGAGCUCAGCCGCAACCUGCGCAACACUCGAUACAUGUGCAAGGCUAUCCACGGUAACAAGUCGCAGGAGGAGCGUGACUACGUGCUGCGCGAGUUCAAGGACGGCCGCACGCAGAUUCUGGUAGCCACGGAUGUGGCUUCGCGUGGUCUGGAUAUCAAGGACAUUCGCUAUGUGGUCAACUUCGACAUGCCCAAGAACAUUGAGGACUACAUUCACCGUAUCGGUCGUACUGCCCGUGCCGGCAACAAGGGUACGUCGAUUUCCUUCUUCACGCCCACCAACAACGCGCGCCUUGCCGGACCCCUGGUCAAGAUCCUGGAGGAAGCGGAGCAGGAAGUGCCGCGUGACCUGCGUGACCUUGUGGGCCGUGGAGGUGGCGGCGGCCGCGGCCGCGGUGGCUACGGCGGUGGCCGUGGACGCUGGUAAACGUUUCGUGGGUGAUGCAAUGCGUAGUGAUGGCUACUGGGGAGAGUACGGUGUUCCAGCAAUCGCAAACCGCUUGGAUGGGCGAGGAAACCCGCGCCGCCCGCUCCUGGUCUAAUAACUUGAAAUGAAAGUAGUUCACCACUGC